AUGGGUUGCGUUUUCGGGAAAGAGCUGAGCGGCAAGAGGCCGACCGGCGGUGGAGGUAGAGGAGGAGUAGGAGAGUCUCGCCGUCACAAUCAGCAGCAGCAAGUUGGUGCUGUGGAAAAUCAGAUCGGAAAUGGAGUCGGGAAGGAGAUUAGUAGUAGCAACAACAAUACGGAGGAAGAAAGCUCCGCUGCUGCUAGUGUUAGCAAGCCGAAAGGCGAGAGGAGAAGGUCUUCCAUGAGCGCGACGGUGCUCGGAUCGCCACCCAUCCGACUGGUGGCUCGCCCGUGGCCGGAGAAAGAGGCGCGGAAGGAGUCGUUUGCAGCAGCAGUGGUCUGGUCCACUGAGUUGCGGUCUCUUAUGUUUUUUUUCUGGAUUGUGUCCAUUGGUUUUCGGUUCGUCCAAGAGCGGGAAGACGACGGAUUUAAGAGGCUGCGGCGGUGGCUGUCUCCGUUUCGGGGAAGGAACACGGAGAAGAGGAGAAAGGCCAAGGCUUUCCCCGGUAAGAUCGACCGCAUUAGCGCGUUGCCUGAUGGGAUCCUUGUUGAGAUUCUUUCUCUCCUGACCCUCAUAGAAGCAGUCAGGACCUCAGUCCUCUCUCAGAGGUGGAUUGAUGUAUGGAAGUUUGUUCCGGACUUGGACUUCCAUGCUUUAGCUGUGAGGCUUCGUGCUGUGGCGAUAAACGGUCGCUUGGACGUACGGCUCCUCACAGGGGAUGAGGUUCGUCUCCAGAAGCACGUUUCAGGGGUUAAUCAGGUCUUGGAACAGCAUCGAAGUCCAAAAGUGAAUCAGUUCCGAGUAUCGUUGGAGUUAAAUUAUGUAUCAAAUCCUGAUGCCGAUAUUGACAGGUUGAUGGUGUUUCCAAUCUCGAAAAGAGUCGAGAGGCUAGAACUGGAUUUCGGGGAUUCACCUCCUGGAAAAAGAUCCUGUGUUCUCUCAGAGCCCUCUCUGAAUUACAUCAGAACAGCGGAGGGAUUGUCGAAUAUCCGAUUCCUCAAAUCCUUGAUACUGAAACAUGUUGAUGUAGGGAGUGACACCCUUGAGCAUUUCCUUUGCAACUGUCCUCUGCUUGACAAAUUGGUGGUCUGGGGGUCUUAUUAUAGUUUAGUAAAGUUUAAGGUACCGGCUGGCACUGGGUUGAAGCACUUGGAUGUUAACCACUGUAGCCAUCUGAAAGCGAUGGAAAUCCAUGCGCCUAAUCUCAAGUACUUGAGAUAUGCAGGUCCGAAGAUUGAUCUUCGUAUGGAAAAUGUGUGUUCGAGUAUCCUCGAAUUGGAGUUGCAUAUAUGGUUGAAUGACUACUCGGUUCUCCAUCCUCCUAACACGUUCACUCAGUUAGAGGCCCUCACUUUGACGAUUUCCACUAUACGAAGGGCAUCCUUUCUCGAGCCAGUCGAGGAUUUAGCAUCUCUGAAGCAGCUGACUGUGUUCGUGGAUGGUCAGUGUGAUGCUUGUGCGCUGGGACUGAUUCCACUGAUAAACUCUUGUCCUUGUUUGCAUCAUUUGUCAAUCAGGCUGUUGACAUGCGGAGACAGCAGGGGGCUUGUUGGGCCGACUGGUGAGGUGGAGAUGAAAAGGGAGAGCGUCAGAGUGGUGGAAGUAACUGGCUUUGCUGGUGCUUCUGCUUUCUCGCUUGGGACUCAUUUUGUGGACUAUGCGAUCAGGAACUUUGUCAUGCUUGAGAAAUUAGUUCUUGAUCGUCGUAUGCACCCGUGCCACGGAAACGAGAUAACACAGCCCUUGAGCAAGGAUGAUGAAGAUGCAGAUGCGUGCCUUGAGGGGCUAAAACCCAAACUACCCUCAAAUAUUGAACUCGUCACCAUUUAGAUACAACUUCUUUUUCUCAAAUUUACUGGCUUUGCUGCCUGUUGUCUUGGGCCUGUACUUCGACUGGGAUGCACAAUGCUGUAUCUAUCAACUUUUAUUUAUUGAGUUGCAAUAAGAAGAGUUUUUUUUCUUUUUCCA